CUAGAUUAUGGGAUUAUUUAAAGGAAAAAUUACAAUGCAGAGAGGUUUCCUACUUCGAUGCCAGUGAGAAAAACUCUAGGAAUAUUUGGAGAUGAAGAAGAUGACUCUGCCCUAAACACUGAAAUACUUUCAUCCGCACAGAAGUGGCGCAUCUGGUAGAUAGUAAGAUUAAAUCCAGUUGCAGUUAAGGUGAGAUGCCAUAAUCCGACUAUCAUGGACUCCUGGAUCUUCCCAUCAUCCCCUCCGAACCUGUCGGAGCACCUCAUGUAUGACAGCUUCAUGCAAAGCAAUGAGUCCGACCUCAACGGGAACUACACAGACCACAGCUUCAACAAAACCAGCACGGUGGUCAUCACCUGCUUGUACUUUCUGGUUUGCACUGUGGGGCUCUGCGGAAACUCCCUCGUCAUCUACGUCAUCCUGCGCUACGCCAAGAUGAAGACAGUCACCAACAUCUACAUCCUCAACCUGGCAGUGGCCGACGUGCUCUUCAUGCUGGGCCUGCCGUUCAUUGCCAUCCAGCUGGCGCUGGUCCACUGGCCGUUCGGCCCUGUGCUCUGCAGGGUGGUGAUGACCGUUGACUCCCUAAACCAGUUCACAUCUAUCUUCUGCCUGAUGGUCAUGAGCAUAGACCGCUACCUGGCUGUGGUGCAUCCCAUUAAAUCCACAAAGUGGCGCAAGCCGCGCAUGGCGAAGACUAUUAACUUAGCAGUGUGGGGGGUGUCACUGAUGGUUAAUCUGCCCAUCGUUAUCUACAGCGGAGUCAGCACAAAGCACAACGGCUGCUUCUGCACCAUCGUGUGGCCUGAGCCACAAGAGGCCUACUACACAGUGUUCAUGUUCUACACCUUCAUCCUGGGCUUCUUCCUGCCCCUUUUGGUCAUCUGCCUUUGCUACUUGUUCAUCAUCUUUAAGGUGAAGUCCUCAGGCAUCCGUGUGGGCUCCUCCAAGAGGAAGCGCUCAGAGAGAAGGGUGACUCGGAUGGUGUCCAUCGUGGUGGCAGUGUUCGUCUUCUGCUGGCUGCCUUUCUACGUCUUCAACGUCACCUCGGUGACAGGAACCAUCAGCACCACUCCCAUCCUGAGGAGCACCUUUGCUUUUGUGGUGGUUUUGGGAUACGCCAACAGCUGCGCCAACCCCAUCCUCUACGCCUUCCUGUCGGAGAACUUCAAGAAGAGUUUCCAGAAUGUUCUGUGUCUUAAGAAGGUGGGUGGGCUGGAUGAGGCUGAUCGCAGCGACAGCCGGCAGGAUAAGUCUCGCAUGAUAAAUGACCCCACAGAGACCCAAAGUACUCUGCUGCAUGGGGACCUGCAGACCAGCAUCUGA